AUCAAAGAUUCGGUUCCUUUAUUUAUACAAACCGAUUCGAUCAAGAAUUGAUUAAAUUAGCAGCACGGGGUCUAACAGUGGUAGCUUCAUCGGGUGAUGGUGGUACAAGUAAUGUUGGUUUUACUAACAAUGAUAUUAGUGGUACUGAUCCAACAUGCACACCAUUUUUACCUAUUUAUCCAAGUUAUUCACAUUAUGUUGUUAGUGUAGGUGCAUCGUUUCAAACUAAAUAUUAUUUAGGUGCACAUACCAAGUUAGUCUCAAAACUAGGCGAAGUACCAGUUAGUAUAUCAAAUGGACAAGUAUUUACAAGUGGAAGUGGAUUUGCUAAUCAAAGCCGCGAACAUCCGCUGCCUAAAUGGCAGAAACAUGUAGUUAAAAAAUAUUUAAAAAACCAACGUGUGUUAGGACUGUUACCACCAACCGGACCACUUAAUCAAGACGGAUCAUCCAAUUUAAAAACAAUCUGGAAUCCUCACGGUCGUGCUUAUCCAGAUGUAGUCGCACUUGGAAGCAAAAUUUUUACUAUUAUCGGGGCCAAAGUCAGUUAUGGCGAUGGUACCUCCUUAUCAGCACCAAUUUUCGCUGGACUGCUAUCUUUAAUCAAUGAUGCAUUACUCAAUAAGAAUCUUCCACCAUUGGGUUUAGCUGCGCCAUUUCUUUAUUGGGCUGCUGCUAGAAAUUCGAGCUCGUUCAACGAUAUUGUUUAUGGUACAAAUAAAGACGGAGUUCUUCAAGCACACACAGAACCCUUUGCUGAAACAUGCCCAACAGGAUUUCAUGCAGCAGUUGGAUGGGAUGCAGUUUCGGGAUUAGGAAGUCCAAAUUUUGCUGUAUUACGAGAGUUAGCUAUCGAACAAGCGAAAAUAGCAAAAAAUAAAAGAAAUGAAAAAACAUGA